GUUAAAGCGAAAAGAGGGUAACGGUCGGGAGUGCCACGUCGACGGGUCGCCAUUCCUCGUUGCUUCAAGAACGCCCACAAGCUCCAGCUAUUUUGUCCAAGGCAUACAAACAACUGCUGGAAAUGCACUGCCUUCGUAUGACCCCCAAUGGUUGCACGGGCGCGACAAACUUUUCGCGGCCUUCCUGGGGCACCGCUCAUUUAGCGACUAGCCGGCCGCGAGGCGGGAGUCGUCCGCUGAUUACAUCCUCCUUAGGGGAUGAGCGGGCAGCGGGCGCCACUUCUAGCGAAAUGCUGACCUCGACCUCGACCCCAAGCUCGGCCUGGGACCGCGACCACGAGAAUCUUCACGACACGUGCGAAGAUAUGCCACAGGACUCCGCCAGCAGCUGGGCUGCUCAGCCGGCCUGGGCGUCCGGGCACAUGGAGGAGCUGCGGUCACACAUCCAAGCGAUGUGGGUCGCCAGCGGGGACUCUGAUUGGCUGGGCGUGAUUGUGCGAGAGCGUGCGGAGCAGCGCUCGCGGGCGGUUCGGGCGCAGCUGGCGCCCCUGCUGCCGGAGGGACGCACCUUUGCGCUGGGCGAGCUGCUGUUCUACGACCGCGCCACCAUGCUGGAGAAGGUCAAGCUGGUGCUGGGCUACGAGUACGGCGUGGACCCACAGUACCUGCAGCCCUACACGCCCGUGGGGCACCUGGUGCUGGGGUACGGCGCCGCCGCCUCCUCCUCCUCGCCGCUGCCCGCCGCCUCCUCCGCCUGGAGCGUGUUCGACGUGGAGCGGCUGCUGGACACGGUGCGGGCGGCGCUGGGCGUGGCGCCGGAGCUGCCGGCCGCCUGUGUGGGCGAGGCGGGCGGCGACGAGAUGGCGGAGGCGGUGGCAGCGGCGGUGGCGGAGAUGAGCCUGCACGCGCUGGCGGAGGCGGUGUACCAGGCGCUGGAGCCGGAGCGGUCGUUCUGGACGUACGGGUGAGAGGAGGCGCCAGAGGCCAGCAUUCAAGGACAGCCAGGGCUGGGGGUGGGGGGGGGCGGGGCGUUGGCAGCGCCUGUAACGUGAGGCGUGGGGCAGAGUCGCGGGGAACAGGAUACGAGCGUUAUGCGGUCGGAGUUGGGGCAGGUGUUGAAUGAAGUGGCCCUGGCGAGCAUGGAGCGUUGGACACAUACAUCCAAACUAGGGGGCUCCAUCUGUUGUACAAUAAUAGCACCUUGCAUAUGUAUGAGCUGGAGCAGGUAGCGGGCUGUGUGAGGGCAUAAGGGCAAGCGGCAAGUGUGCACGGGCGCGGACCCUCAGUAGUGAGAUGACAGCGAAGAUUGGGGCUUGGGGAGUACGCGCCAUGCGGUAUGACGGCAGUCUCAGGAACUAGUCGAGGAGCGGCGAGAUUUAAGCGCAAGGGUGGCGCCUGGCUACGAAGCGUUUAAUAGCGUAGUUGUUGAGGGGCGCACGGAUUUGGCGAGUGGCGAUUUGGCAACUUGAUAUGUACGGUAGUUUGGGGUUCUGAUACUUGCACCAUGUAUCCGGCUGAGCAGGCUCACGGGUCGUCCUGAGCUCCAGACGGCCACCGUUGGCUGUGAGCCGCCGCGGGCUCUGGGGUUUUGGACCAGUAGGCUCUAUGCUUUGCUUGAGGUGCGUAAUAAGCCUGUAUGGCACGGUGUUCCAGCCGUGUCAGGCGUGACGAUGCGCCUUCGUGUACGGUGCGCAUAGUAACUGUUUUGCCCUUGGAUGUUCCCGUCAAUUGGUGCCGUGUUGCAGUGAAAGGCAAACGGCGUAAACUGAGACGCAUGCAUAUGCCAUGUGGAAGCUGCUCAAUGAAGGAUUUGGUAGGCUUACGGUAGCUGAAAGGUGACAGCCACCCUGGCCUGUAGGCAGUAGUGUUUAUCGUAAGACGACUCAGGUUGGAUCGGGCACUGUACUGAGGUCUGGGCCAACCACUGAGCGAUGCAUUGUGCGCGAGAGUCAGGAAGCAGAGUCUAUGAGCGUGAGGAGACUGGGUACUUUUGUCAACGUAUGCUGGUUGCAAUUAGGGCGGUGGUGGAGACGCGACGGGUGGGGUUGCAGAUGAGAAGUGGUGGUGGUUGUGGACGGGCGAUAUCAGAUGGUGCGGUGGUAUUGUGUUUGGGAGCCCCCCGUUAGGUUCGGAUUACAACUAUCCUGCCCGCCCCCGGGUAUGGUAGGGACAAGGUAGUCGGCUUGUAGUCGGCUUCUGUUGUGUGUGGUUACAAGGUGGUGAGCGCGACGUGCAUUCCUGUCCUUCUAGUCGCGGCCCCCACUCGCCCCAGCCCGUGCGUGCCCCCGGCGUGCUGUCCGGUUUCCAGUGGGGAGCAUGGGAUGUAAGAAAGGCGGUUUAAGAAAGGAUUAUGCCAAGGGUCCCUGUGAGGCUGUGACUGCUCUGUCGGGUGUUGGCUC